AGAUUCUUCCGAGGAAACCAUACCAGUGUGAGAGCGACGCAGCGGCAGACAUCGUGCUGUUGGUUGACGGCUCCUGGAGCAUCGGACGCACCAACUUCAGGCGCGUCAGAGACUUCCUGGAGGGGCUGGUGACACCUUUCAAAGUCGGACCAAACCACAUUCAAAUCGGGCUGACCCAGUACAGCGGAGACCCUCGCACAGAGUGGCAUCUCAAUAACUUCACCACAAAACAGCAGCUGUUGGAGGCGGUGAGGAACUUCAGGUAUAAAGGAGGAAACACCUUUACAGGACAGGCACUGCUGCACGUCAUGGAGGAAAACAUGAAGACCAAGGUGGGAUCCAGAGCCAACGUACCAUCUUUCCUGGUCCUGUUGACUGAUGGGAAGUCUCAGGAUGAUGCCAUCGCAGCAGCUAACCGGCUUAAGAACGCAGGCGUGGAAAUCAUCGCUGUAGGUGAGACUGAAAGAUGGAAGAG